AUGGAAAAAUCAAGAACUUUUCAAGAAGCAAAGCACUAUUUCACAGAUGUAUGGUCUCCUGAAAGGAAACGAGUUAUUGUAAAUCUCACACACAUCAAAGAAAUUGUCCAAGAGCAGGCCAAACUCUAUUGUAUGGUUUCUAUUGUGUACUCGGGUAUCGGGGCUCUUGGUGGAGGACUAACAUUAGCUGGGAUAGUCACUGCUCCCUCAUCACUGGACGUGUCCCUCGAAUUCACCGAAGCUGGCAUCGCUACGGGUGUAACGUCCGGGGCCUCAGGACUUAUCUAUGGAUGUAUCAAAAUAGAAAUUGUUAAAAAGAAAUGCAGCGAUGCAAAACUUUGCCUUGAAAAUCACAAUAGAACAUCUGCAAAGAUGAAAGACUUAAUAAAAAUACUGAAAAACGAUAGUGACAACUUUGAAGCCAAAAUAAAAGACAACAGGGAUUUAGAAGUGUCUAUGACAUUUCAGGAAAUGAACCGUGUGGGAGAAGCUAUAUCCGUUGCCAAAGAAAUAAGAAAUUUGAUAAAACACUCCCAUGCUGUAGAUGUGUUUUCUGAAACCGGAAGAUCAGAUAAGGUCGCUAGGAUCUUGGGGCUUGGUUCCUUGAUGGAUGAUCUUAUCCCGUCUGCACUCAAAGAUGUCUCCGGGGGAGUUGUGAGACUUUCGAUGAAGGUCUUGGGCACGUUUACUAUCUUCGGAAUUGUGUUGGACCUCAUAUCUCUAGUUUCGAAUCUUUGGGAGAUAUAUGGAAUGGAAAAAGGAAAACUGUGCAAGGAAGCAAAAAGACUCAAUGAGAUUCUUGAGGUGUUGAUGAAAGAACAUGAAAUUUUAAGUGAAUAUUUUGAAUAA